GUUAAUCUUGCCAAAAUCCAGCCUCGAUCUAGCCGGUGUGCACUGGUAAACAGCUAAGGGCGAGACACAUUGUCCAUUCAUCGAUUCUACGUGACCUACACAUCGACAAGAUGCGCGCCGCUGCCUUGAUCCUAGCAUUGGCGACCUCGGUCUCGGCCUUCAUGGCACCUAGACAAGCUGUGGCGCCGCGCGUCGCGCCGGUCAACAUGGACGCCUCGUCGCUGGUCACGGCCUACCGGGAGCUCUACGAGGUCGGCGGCGUCCAGGUCACGGCGGACGUCCAGCAGUUUGGGCCGAUUGCCGGCCUCGUCGUGUUCAUCCUGGCCGCGAACACGCUCUACAUGAGCAUGGGCGGGUCCCAGGACGAGAUCGCGGAGGAGCCCAUCGCCGAGUACCAGUUCGGCUCCGCCGUGCUCGCGGGCGCCAAGGCGGGCAACGCGCCUUCUACCAAGACGAACGCGGAAUGGAGGGCGGAGUGCGACGCCAAGGGCGUCACGUCGUACCACGACUUCGGCGUGCGCAUGUAGGUCUCCUUUUUAAGACACAAGACAUUA